AUGAUUUGAUUAAAGAAUUACAUAGAAAAUUAUAGAAAUCAACUCUAUUGAAGAAUUACUGAAGAGCCUAAAGCAAGACUACGAGCAAAAUUUUGAAACUUUUCAAGGGAUUGAAGAUCCUUAAAAAAUAUAUGGUGACUUAAAAACAAAAUUAAUCAAUGCUUGCUCUUAGGCAGAAAAUGAACAAGAGAUGAUGAAUUUAUAUGAAACUCAUAA